AUGGAUAAUGUGGGCGGCAGGAGUGCCCUGGUCAAGUGUGGAUUCCAACGUUACCCACAUCUCUCUUGGUGCUGGCUCGAUUCGGUACUUGAUAUCAGCGCCGAGGCCCAGAUCCAGAUCCAGCCCUGGACUUGCCCUACACCUCACCUGAAGAGCAGUCCGCAGGGAACACACACGACGUCGGACGUGCGUCCGCACCUAUUUCACUCGGCACCGCUUCCUUGGUUCGUCGAUCGACCCCCACCACACAACACACUUGCUUUCCGCACAACGCAACUGCUCCUCCUCUCACAUUCCCACUCUCAUCCCCUUUUCCUUUCGCGCAACGCAACAACAAACUCCUUCGAGACGAUCUACUCCACUCGCCGGACUCACUUGAUUCGGCAACGAGCUUCUCGGCAUAGACCCCCUGGGAGCCCAGACACGGACAGCUCAUCAGUCCAUUCUCGGAAGCCCCCCCGAUACCUCCCACAGUGCCACGACCACCAUCAUCAAUCCAGAUAUCGACGCUCCCAAUUAUUUACCAUGCCAACUCACGGUCUCCACCGCUUGGAGAGACUUUUCUCCAUGCGUAAGAAGAGCUCUUCUAAGCUCAACCAUGGUUCCUGUGGAGCCCCAGAACCUUUCGAGCACGCCGAGAAUUCCACCACCACCUUUCCUGAGCCUCCCUUCAUCAGACCCAGAGGCGCACGCAUGGAAGCUAGAGUUGAAUCAACAGCGUGCUCAAAGUCCGCCAAUCGGGCUUCUAGCGUGCCCGAGGCAAGAAUCGACCGCGCUCCAAUGCAUUCCCCAAACCCGAGUACUGCCAGCACUGGCGACAUCCACGGACCGCCUACCCGGACCGUUCCUCUGCGCCGCCUCGGAAUGGAGAGAAAGGAAAGGGACAUGCACUCGGCCAUGCAUUUCCAGGAGUUCCGGUUUCCUCAUCCCCGGCGCGGCACCGAGAGACCACCAUCGUCGCCUGCACCGUCAUCCCAAUCAUCCACGACGCCCGUGCCCAAGUCAUUCCGGAGUCAAAAGCGCAACCUCGAGCACCGGAACAGCUCUAUCGUCACCCCGGUCCGGACUGACACACCACCGGUCUCCGAUAACGAGGACGAACAGCGGAAUGCCCGGGGACCGCGGGAUGGAACGAUGAGAAAGAUGAAACCUGCCUAUCUGGCGGCAGCCCUGCCCACACCGGAAACAUCCCCCGAGAUCAAACCUGUGUCGGAUUCACGGACGCACGAGCUGAGGCGAGAUUCGGGCCUCCACUUGGCGACAAAUAAAGGCGGCAUGUUCUGUCCAUCCCGGUGGAAGCUGCACAAGGCAGAACUCCGAAAGGCGCGGUCUCAAGCCUGCAUAUCCUCCCGCUCGGAGCGGACCUCGGGUAAAGUGCUGAAGGGCGGGAAUGUUAAGGACUUCUUCAACCUCAGCGACGAUGAUAUUGCGGAGGAGGAGGAAGAGAUGGAGGCAGACGAACAGACAGGAGGGACGUCGCACGUGACGCAACAUUUCCUGCCACCAUCACCAUCCGAGACGGUCGAUGGUGUCACCACUACCUCGGCCUCUCACAGGAACAAUAUAAACUCAAAAGGGUUUAUCAACACCCUGGAGGAUGCUGCCGCCUAUGGAGCGGUACAAAUCGCAAAAAUUGCCGCCAAGCACGAGUUGGAUCUGGCUUAUAUUGUCAACCUCUGGCCCGAGAACCCACGAUAUCCUCCCCCGUCCGGUUGUGCCAGGAGCUCGAUGCUCGGAUCGGCUGAGGACAUUGUGGUAGAGACGGAGACGGCAGCCGGCAUGACCGGCCGGCUACUGGCAGCAUACGGGCUGUCCCAGGUCGCCAGCCCCUUCUGCAUCUCGGCUGCAGUGCACACAAAGAUUCUGCGCCACACAAGCUGGGUCGAGUACUCUGCCGCAGAGGCCAAGCCCGGGGAGUUCUCGCGCGGGUAUGGACACGCAUUUCAUGCCGGCACUGCCGCGAGGAGAGCCCCGGCAGAUCCAGUAGUAGAGAUCUCAGACACGGACCGAGGCAUCGUCUUCGCUGGCUACCGGCAAUUCAGACCAGACGGCACAACGAAAGAGUGCACACCCGCAGGGCUUGCAGCGUUGCACGCUGAUGUCGAAUAUCUCAUCGACAUGCUCAUCGUCAUCCACAAGGCGACGCGGUUACGGAACCCAACCGCCCUAGUCGCACUUACUCAUGAGGUGGGACCGAUGCCGCCGGGAACGGAAAAUGUCUUUGCCUGAGCGGAUGAUAUUAUUCGAGGACAUUAGUGAAGUAGCUUGGGAUGUUAGUUGGCACCUUAUAAUAUUUCAAUAUUUCAUCAGUUGCUCAUAGUUUGGUGAUACGGAGGUUGAGAGAUUUUGAAGAGUGGGGAUGGUGCGGAGUACGUACUCCAAUGUACUCCGUACUACUUCUCAGCACGUGGCGCAAGCGACAAGCGACCGUGACUAAGCCUCUCGACACUCGCCACAUCAUGACGUUGACACGAGGGACACUCACAUGGGACAUCAUUACGGCAU